UCUCCGGGGCGCGCCCCCUCCUCCGCCCCCUCGCGCCCGCCGGCGCAGGGCCAGGCAGCGGGCCGCAGGGCUGGCGCCCCCUGGAAGGGAAAUCCCCUCCCUCGGGCCUUCCGGGCUCUUUCUCAAAAACUGCGCCGCGUUCUCCCGCUUCGGCUCUCCCGGCCGUCCGAGGCGCCAGGCGCGGCUUCCCGAGGCGGCGGGCGCGCGCGGCGCGGCGGGCGACCUGGUGAACCUCCAUUGAUAAAAGGCUGGCUUCCUUAUUUUGGAGUGACCAUGAAGUUCCAGAAAGAUCCUUUAGGUUGCAUCAGAACUCUGCAAAAGCAACAUGGUGACAUAUUCACAGUUCUUCUUGGGGGCAAAUACAUAACAUUUAUCCUCGACCCUUUCCAGUACCAGUUACUGAAUAAAUAUCACAAAAAAUUAAGUUUUCGAAGACUUACUCGAAAAUUAUCAGUGAAUGUAUUCUCCAUCAGGAUUGUGGAAAACCAUGAGGACCUGGACCAUGAGCUUCACGGUGCCUAUCAGUUUUUGCAAGGCAAGUCAUUGGACAUAAUCCUGGAAGAUAUGUUACAAAAUAUGAAACAAACAUUUGAGUCUCAGCUAUUAAUCAAUAACACCAAUUGGAACACAGCGCAAAUGUUGACAUUUUGCUGCUCGAUAGUAUUUGAGAUCACAUUUACAACAAUGUAUGGAAAAGUUCCUAGUGCGGACAGAAAAAAAUUUAUCAGUGAGCUGAGAAAUAACAUUUUAAAAUUUGAUGACAAAUUCCCAUAUUUGGUGUCUGACAUACCCAUUGAGCUUCUACGAAAUGUCAAAUCUCUACGGGAGAAGCUUAUAAAAUGCAUGACACCAGAGGAAUUAGCAAAGAUACCAGGAAGCUCUGAAGUUGUUCAGAAGAGGCAGGAUAUUCUGGAGAAAUACUACGGACUCAAGGACCUUGAUAUAGGAGCACAUCAUUUUGCCCUUCUCUGGGCCUCUAUUGCAAACAGUAUUCCAGUUAUGUUCUGGGCAAUGUAUUAUGUUCUCCGUCACCCUGAAGCUGUGGAAGCACUGCAUGACGAAAUUGACCAUUUGCUGCAGUCAACAGGUCAAAAGAAAGGCUCUGGACUUUCCAUCCACCUCACCAGAGAACAAUUGGACAGCCUGGUCUGCCUAGAAAGCAUCAUUUUCGAGGCCCUUCGGCUGUCCUCAUAUUCCAGCACUAUUCGUUUCGUUGAAGAGGACUUUAUCCUCAGUUCAGAGACGGGCGACCUCUGUCUGCGAAAGGGAGACUUGGUAGCCAUCUUUCCUCCAGCCAUACAUGGUGACCCUGAAGUCUUUGACUCUCCAGAGGAGUUUAGAUUUGAUCGUUUUAUAGAAGAUGGUAAGAAGAAAACCACUUUUUACAAAAGAGGGAAAAGGCUGAAAUUUUAUUUAAUACCUUUCGGAUUUGGAGCCAACAAAUGUCCAGGCCGGUUUUUGGCAAUUAUGGAAAUUAAGCUAUUGUUGCUUGUAUUAUUAACUCACUUUGACUUAGAACUAGUUGAAAACAAGUCUAUAAAACUAAACUACACACGAUUGUUUUUUGGUAUUCAGUAUCCAAACUCUGAUAUUUUAUUUAGGUAUAAAGCAAAAUCUUAGAGAAGCUAAAUGGGAAGAAAAGAAAUCAAACAAAAUGAAUCUAAAUGUUUUAAAGUUCUCUAUUAGUUUUUAGUUUCUGCAAACAUAAUUGCUAUGUUCUUUUGUUUAAAGAGUUCCAAUUAAUAUUUUAUAUAUAAUCACAUUUAGUUUUUAUUUGGUCACAAAGCCUAUCAUGAAACAAAACAGGAUGAUGACAUAAAAAUAGACAUCAAAUCAACUUCAUGAUGAUAAAUUCAAAAAGCUUUUGGGGAGUUCUACUUAUUGUCAAUUUCACCUAUAAUAGUACAUGUACCUUCACAGCAAUUAAUUUGGUACUGUGAGAUUUUUUAAAGUCACUCAAAUUCUUCCCUCAUAUAUAUAAGUACAUUUUUAUGUACUUUUGGAAAAUUGUGCUGGAAAUGGACAGAGUCGAACAAGUUCCAAAUUCUCAAAGAAGAAGGAAAUUAAAUUUCCAUGAAGUACACUGGAUGAAAAUGUUCCCUUAAAGUGUAAUAUCAAUAAUAUCUGUAUUGGCAGGGUAUGUUUGCAUGAAAUGAGUUUUGCAGUAGAUUGAAUGCUUUAAGUUCACUUCAAUUUUUAAUCAUCCAUACAUACUCUGUAUUUCUUUGUACAGAAAUUUUGUUAUAUAAUACCUCAUGUUCAAGCUAGACACUGAUAAGAUUUAAUAUAUAAGCAAACACAAAACCUGUUAUAUAAUCAGCAAUUGCUCUUGAAAUUAGUGUUAGAUUAAUUAUGGGAGCAAAUGUUGAAACCAUUGAUUAUAGCAUUUGCCUUUAGCAUAAAAUAUAAGGGUUAUGCCAAUAUUGCAAUGAACCCUUUGCUAAAUUCUUCCAUUUAUAUAAAUUAAAAAACUAGGAUAGAGUGUUUGUUCUUGAAAUCUCACUAUUUGGAUUUGGAUUUAUUUGUAUAUUAUCUUUUAAUGAUAGCACUGUGUAAUGAAAUUUCUUAGAUCACCAAGGACAUUUAACAUAAAUGUUGUUACAGUACGUAAAUAGACAAGGCAGAUAAUUAAGCCCAGUUGAUUUGCUAGGUUUUUUUUAAGAAAUGGAUUUUAAAUUAGAGAUGACAAGAAACUAGAAGGUAAAUCUUUAGACAUGGGAAAGAGGAUCAGAAAGAGGCAAAAAGAAAAAAGGGAGGAAAAGGGAUUUACAAUGAUUGGGACAUGUUAAGUGUGGGCCUAACCAUUCUGUGUUAAUCGCAUGCACUAAUAAAACACCGAUUUUUGAAACAAUAUUAAAAAUCUGUAUUGCAGUUAAAUAUAUUCUGGCAUUUAUUUUGCCUUACUGAAGGGCUUGCUUUGAAUUCUCCAAUAUUGAAGGUCUGCUUGUAAGAAUUCUGUUUUUGAUGAUUAAAAUUGCUUUACUUUCAGCCUCAUUAUUUUUCCUUUUUAAGAUUUAUAAUCACAGAAGUUUAUGGAGUACAAAAUUAUGUUAAGGUUAUGAAUACAAUGUGUGAUAAUUCAAUCAAGCCAGAUAACCUAUUGAUCACAUCAAAUACUUAACACUUUUUGUCAUAAGAACAAGUGAAGUGUAUUCUCUUAGCAGUUUUGAAAUAUACAAUACUGUACGCUUAACUCCAAUUACUAUGCUGCGCCGUAGAACUAAAAUUUAAAAAAUAAUAAAGUUAUUCUCUUUAACUGAGA